AUGAAUCUUGCUAAGAUCAUUCUCAUCGCCGCGGCGGCGGCUUUAGCCAACGUCGCAAUUGCUGACGAGACGAAAGGACCACGUGGUCCAGUCAUUGGUAUUGACUUGGGUACAACGUACUCGUGCGUAGGCUUUUACAAGGACCAAAAGGUUGAAAUCAUUGCCAAUGAUCAAGGUAAUCGUAUCACGCCUUCUUACGUUGCUUGGGACUCGAACGAUGAGCGUUUGAUUGGUGAUGGUGCAAAAAAUCAAGCUACGAUUAAUCCGGAGAAGACGUUAUUUGAUGUCAAGCGUCUGAUUGGUCGUAAAUACAAUGACAAGUCGGUCCAAUCGGACAAGAAGUUGUUGCCUUAUGAACUCAUUAAUAAAGAUGGAAAACCUUUUAUUCAAGUGACUGUCAAGGGUGAGAAACGUCAAUUUGCUCCUGAAGAAGUCUCUGCCAUGGUCUUGACAAAGAUGAAGCAGAUUUCGGAAGGAUACAUUGGUCGUGAAGUGUUUGACGCUGUUGUGACAGUCCCUGCUUACUUUAACGACGCUCAACGUCAAGCUACAAAGGAUGCUGGUACCAUUGCUGGUCUGACCGUUCAACGGAUCAUUAAUGAACCGACAGCUGCUGCUAUUGCCUAUGGCAUUGACAAGAAGGCACAAGGAGAGAAGAAUGUGCUGGUCUUUGAUCUAGGUGGAGGAACCUUUGAUGUGACGUUGCUGGCGAUCGAUGGUGGUGUGUUUGAAGUCCUGGCAACGAACGGGGACACGCAUUUGGGUGGAGAAGACUUUGAUCAACGGAUCAUGCAGUACUUUAUUAAGAAGUGGAAGAAAGACAAGAACAUUGAUAUCUCGUCGGACAAGCGAGCGUUGCAGAAGAUUCGUCGUGAAGCAGAACGUGUGAAACGUGCGCUGUCUGCUCAAGCUCAAGCUCGUCUUGAAAUUGAAUCGUUGCUGGAUGGAGAGGACUUUACAGAGUCUUUGAGUCGUGCACGUUUCGAGAAGCUAAAUGAGGAUUUGUUUAAGAAGACACUUGGUCCUGUGGAGAAGGUGAUGAAGGACGCGGACCUCAAGAAGUCGGAAGUUGAUGAGAUUGUGUUGGUUGGUGGUUCGACCCGUAUCCCCAAGGUCCAGCAAUUGAUCAAGGAUUACUUCAAUGGCAAGGAACCGUCGCGUGGUGUGAACCCUGAUGAAGCUGUUGCUUACGGUGCUGCUGUUCAGGGUGGUAUCCUUGGUGGCGAACAGGAUGAACUGACCCAGGACGUGCUUCUGAUUGACGUGGUACCUCUGUCUCAGGGAAUUGAGACUGUUGGUGGUGUCAUGACCAAGUUGAUUAAUCGUAACACUGUGAUCCCGACCAAGAAAUCGCAGACGUUCUCGACUUACCAGGACAACCAGCCUGCUGUGUUGAUCCAGGUGUUCGAGGGUGAGCGUGCUAUGACAAAGGACAACCGUCUUCUCGGCAAGUUCGAGCUCACUGGUCUGCCGCCUGCCCCACGUGGCGUGCCCCAGAUUGAAGUGACGUUUGAGAUUGAUGCCAAUGGUAUCUUGCAGGUGUCUGCUGAGGACAAGGGCACUGGCAAGGCUGAGACGAUCACGAUCACUGCGGAGAAGGGCCGUUUGUCACAGGAAGAGAUUGACCGCAUGGUCCAGGAAGCUGCCGAGUUCGCGGACGAGGACAUGAAGGUGAAGGAUCGUAUCGACGGACGCAACGCUCUGGAGGGCUACCUGUACAGCCUAAAGAACAAUGUCGAGGACAAGUUGGAGGACAAGAUCGACGAGGACGACAAGGAUACGGUCUUGACUGCUGUGCAGGACGCCAUGGACUGGUUGGAGGACAACCAGGAGGUCGACAAGGAGGACUUUGAGGCGAAACAGAAGGAGGUCGAGAAGAUUGUAAACCCUAUCAUGUCGAAGGUGUACCAAACGGGCGGAACUGCUCCGGAGGAAGAUGGCGACGACGAUGACGAAGACGAGCACGACGAAUUGUAA